AGGUUGAGAGACACUUGUCGAGACAUGUGAGCGACUUCCUCCGACGAUUUCGUAUCCGUUCACGUGGCAGACAUGAAAAGGCUCGGAAACCAGAAACAGUCCAAAACAUCAACAGUCUCCCUGCGAAGUGGCAAGAAUCCUGCACUCGCCAUAAACGUCUCUCUCAAUUACUCACGCACAACUAGACAUUGAGGUUCAAGAACACGUUUGUUUCAUCAAGAAACGAGGAUCAGAGAUGCUCCACCCACUUCUCUGCGAUUCCACCGCUGCUACUAAAGCUUCAAUGAUUCCUUCAGCUUUGUCUUCGAGUGGCAGUUCUUCUCGUUCUUGCAUUGGACCUUCUCCUAUCUCUGACACGGGAUUGAAAUUUAGUAAUCGAGCAGGCAAUGCGCCAGGACUUGUCAGUAAGAGAGGGGACCCUGUAAAGCAUAGGACAGCGAGUGUUUAUGGUCAGCGUGCUCAAGAACGUGUACUUGAGGAAGAAGCUCCUGAAGUGUCUGAGACCACCCCAUCAUUGAAAAUUUUCCCAGGUCAGGCAUUUCCAUUGGGUGUAUCAGAAGUUGAUAAUGGGAUCAACUUUGCUAUUUUUUCACAGCAUGCAACUGCUGUGACCAUUUGUCUAUCGCUUCCCGAGAGGCUGGAUGGUGGAAUGAUGGAACUGGCUUUGGAUCCUCGUGUGAACAAAACUGGAGACAUUUGGCACAUAUGCAUUGAGGAUUUGCCUCGGAGCAAUGUUCUUUAUGGUUAUCGCAUAGAUGGUCCUCGAGGUUGGCAUCAAGGGCAUCGAUUUGACAGCAGCAUUGUGCUUAUAGAUCCAUAUGCAAAGCUAGUUGAGGGUCGCCGAUAUUUUGGAGAUGCUAGCAACAAAUUUUCUAGAUUUCUUGGAAGUUAUGAUUUUGAUAGCUUACCCUUUGACUGGGGAGAGAACUAUGAGCUUCCAAAUAUACCUGAGAAAGAUCUUGUUAUAUAUGAAAUGAAUGUUCGUGCAUAUACAAUGGAUGAAUCUAGUGGGCUGGAUCCAAAAAUACGUGGGAGCUACCUUGGUCUGAUUGAGAAGAUCCCACAUCUUCUAGAGCUUGGUAUCAAUGCCGUGGAGUUGCUGCCUGUCUUUGAAUUUGAUGAGUUGGAGUUUCAGAGGUUCCCAAAUCCUAGAGAUCAUAUGAUCAAUACAUGGGGCUAUUCAACAAUAAAUUUCUUUGCUCCUAUGAGUCGCUAUGCCAGUGAUGGUGGAGGGCCACUUAAUGCUUCCCGGGAGUUCAAAGAAAUGGUCAAAGCCUUGCAUGGUGCUGGUAUAGAGGUCAUUUUGGAUGUUGUUUAUAAUCAUACUAAUGAGGCAGAUGAUGCCCACCCUCAUACCACUUCAUUUCGUGGCGUAGACAAUAAGGUUUAUUACAUGCUGGAUAUGAACAAUAAUGGCCAACUGCUAAACUUCUCUGGCUGCGGAAACACAUUAAACUGCAACCAUCCUGUGGUCAUGGAACUGAUUCUUGACAGCUUAAGACAUUGGGUUACUGAGUACCAUGUGGAUGGAUUCCGCUUUGACCUUGCUAGUGUUCUUUGUCGAGGAGCAGACGGUUCUCCACUUAAUGCUCCCCCGAUUAUUAGGGCAAUUGCCAAAGAUGCUGUGCUGUCAAGAUGUAAGAUUGUUUCAGAACCUUGGGAUUGUGGAGGUCUCUAUCUUGUUGGAAGAUUUCCAAAUUGGGAUAGGUGGGCUGAGUGGAAUGGUAAGUACCGUGAUGACAUAAGAAGAUUUAUCAAGGGUGACUCUGGUAUGAAGGGAAGUUUUGCAACUCGGGUUUCUGGGUCUGCUGACCUUUACAAAAUGAAUAAGCGCAAGCCUUAUCAUAGUGUCAAUUUUGUUAUUGCACAUGAUGGCUUCACACUUUAUGAUCUUGUUUCAUACAACUUCAAGCACAAUGAUGCUAAUGGAGAAGGUGGAAAUGAUGGAAGCAAUGAUAAUUUGAGCUGGAAUUGUGGUUUAGAAGGCGAAGUUGAUGAUACCAGUAUCAAAUCAUUACGCUCUCGUCAAAUGAAAAACUUCCAUUUGGCAUUAAUGAUCUCUCAGGGAACUCCAAUGAUGCUAAUGGGGGAUGAAUAUGGGCAUACUCGCUAUGGAAAUAACAACAGUUAUGGACAUGAUACUAUUAUUAACCAUUUCCAGUGGGAACAGUUGGAUGCACGGAGGAAUAAUCAUUUCAGAUUCUUCUCAGAGGCCAUCAAAUUUCGGCGAACACAUCACCUAUUUCGUCAGGAAAAUUUUCUCAACAAAGAUAAUGUGACUUGGCAUGAAGACAACUGGGACAAUUACAAGAGCAAAUUUCUUGCAUUUACGCUUCAUGACAAUAAUGGAGCAGACAUCUAUUUGGCAUUCAAUGCUCACGACUAUUUUGUCAGAGUUCCAAUAAUCCGACCACCAGGAAGGAGGAGUUGGUUUCGUGUGGUGGACACUAGUCUUGAGUCUCCUGAUGACUUUGUCCCAGAUGGUGUCCCAGGCAUUAGAAGCACCUAUAAUGUUGCUCCCUACUCUUCAAUUCUUCUUGAAGCAAAGUGAUGAGAUGAUUUGCUGGAGCUACUUGCUGAUGAAAUCCUCAGGCAGUUUGUUCUGUUCUGGAUUACAACGUACGCGGUUGACCAUUCGGGUUCCAUGCAUCCACGACAUGGUUAGAACUAAAGAUGUGGAGAAAACAAUGCCAUACAUGGAAUGCAAGUAAUGUGAUGCAGAAAACAAUCCCAAACUUGAAUUUUCAGUGUAAGAGAGCAUAAAGUUACUUCAUGAUAAUACAUUAUACUUUUGGAUGAGAGAAAGUAUACUCUGCUACUACCUUAAUAAAGAAACACUCUGGAACUUGGCAAUCA